UGGGCACGUGAGCUGUGCAACGUCGUUUGUGCACUACAGUCGACAUGGCGGCUACUACUCCUCCCAAGGUAUUGGCAAGCAUCAAGAUAUUCUUCAAUAUAUGUUAUUAGGCAAAAUUGGUCGCCUUUUCCGACGAAUUGUAGAAGCUAGUAUUAAGUCUCGAGAUUAAGGUAGCCAUGACUGUGGGCUAUUAUUGUCACUGGGUUCUAUUUGAACAUGAGGGAGUCUUUGUGCACUCAAGUACAGAUGCUGUAGAAGACCAGGAUUUGCUAAUAUCAGGAUACCUGCGUGUCUUAGAUAAGGAUGGGGAAACGGUGGUUGAAUAUAAACCACUGGAGGACACCGUUGAUCCAUCGAACAUGUUGUGUGCAUGCAAGGACUCCAGCUCAGUGGUGGAGUGGACACAGUGUCCAAGUGACCGGUCACAUCACGUGGUGGACCAGCAGCAGCAGAGCUGUGAGACGGAGUGGGACAUGGUGAACACAGUGUCCUUUAAGAGGAAACCCUACGCCAACGGAGAAGGCACCUCUUACCACACACACGAGAAGAACUGCUGGGCCUUCUCCUUCACUGCUGCUGACCUGAGAACAGUCACAGUGAAGACGGAAGGCUGGACGCACCUGAUCUUCUGCCUGAAGGAUGACACCACCUUACCCACCAUCCACUUCCACCAGGGAGGCUGCAAGGAGUUCAUGGACUGCCUGCAGAGAUGCGUACAUUUAACAGAGUGUCCGAGGGACAAAACAACGUUCCUUGUUAGCUGUCAUAACAAAACUCUCUCACAGUCCUUUGAGAACCUUCUGGAUGACUCCAACUAUGGCCUGGUUCACAAGCUGAAGAAGGACCCCUACGUCGCCACGCUCGGGGGGUUCUCCAAGGUAACCAACUACAUCUUUGACGCGUUCCGCGGCCCGGAGCUGGAGCAAAGGGAGAUGCCGGCGGAGGAGGAGGUGGCAGCGGACAUCCUGGGGGAGAUCAUCCCUGGCCUGGAGAUCAACCAGCUGGAGGAGCCAGGGUUUGAGGUCAUCACCCGGGUGGACCUGGGCUCAAGGCCAGAGGUCCAGCGGGGAGAACCUCUCUCUCUGGCGGACUGGCUCAAGUACCAGGACAAGGAGGGCAGAGUGCGCAAAGUGCCUGAGCUCAAAGAAAGAAUAUUCAAAGGGGGACUGUGCCAUGUGGUGAGGAGAGAGGCCUGGAAGUUUCUGCUGGGGUAUUACACCUGGAACAGCACCUCAGAGGAGAGGAAAAGUCUCCAGAGGAGGAAAACAGACGAGUACUUCAGGAUGAAGCUGCAGUGGAAGUCCGUCAGUGAGGAGCAGGAGAGGAGGAACUCCAGGUUAAGAGACUAUAAGAGUCUCAUAGAGAAAGAUGUCAACCGGACCGACCGAACCAAUAAGUUCUAUGAGGGUCUGGAAAACCCCGGUCUCAUCCUGCUGCAUGAUAUCCUCAUGACAUACUGCAUGUAUGACUUUGAUCUAGGUUACGUGCAGGGCAUGAGUGACCUGCUCUCUCCCAUCCUCUAUGUCAUGGAGAAUGAAGUGGACGCCUUCUGGUGCUUCGUCAAUUUUAUGGAUGAAAUGCAUGAGAACUUUGAGGAGAAGAUGCAAGGUAUGCGGACCCAGCUCAUCCAGCUCAGCACGUUACUACGGUUACUGGACCUGGCGUUCUGGAACUACCUAGAGGCACAGGAUUCUGGGUACUUAUAUUUCUGUUUCCGGUGGUUACUCAUCCGCUUCAAGAGGGAGCUCCACUUUCAGGAUGUGCUCCGCUUGUGGGAGGUCAUGUGGACUGGGUUGCCUUGCCAAAACUUUCACCUAUUGGUGUGUUGUGCCAUUCUGGACUCAGAGAAACAGAAGAUCAUGGACAGGCAUUAUGGUUUCAAUGAGAUCCUUAAGCAUAUCAAUGAACUGUCAAUGAAACUGGAUAUCGAAGAAAUCCUUCACAAAUCCGAAGCUAUCUGUUUACAGAUCAAAAACUGCAAGGAUUUACCCUGCUCCGUCAGUGAGAUUCUGGGACUGAAAGCCGCUUGUGAUAAAUCCACGUUGGAGCUUAGCGACUACGGGAUCCUGACGCCACCAUUGCACACCUCCGGUGAACUCGUCUCCAACGGCCAUGGACAGUUGUCGGAAACGUCAUCCAAUGGCUACAAAGUAGCCUUCAUCUCGUAGUGAAAUGUAAAGACUGGCAAUACACAGACUUUUUACAGCCGCACACAUCUGAGUGACCAACAGUCCAGAGUUUCACCUUACACCAGAGGUCACAGAGUAAACAGUCCAGAGGAAAAUGAAAAUUAUAUAUAGAGAUACAUAUAUAAAUAAGAAUGUAUAACGAGGGCCUAAAAAGACCCAAAAUGUAUUAUUUUUGUAAUUUCUUGUAUUAUAUUUUCUUUCAUUGAUAUAAUCAUUCCUUCCCACUCUGUGGAGAGUUUUAGUAAUGUCAAAAAAGGUGGAGUCUCCAUUUGUUUGGUGAAAACAAUUAAAAAGUAAGUCUUUUCUGAACCAUGCACAAACUCUUUAAAAUUCAGAUCAACAAAUGCUGCAGUAUGUGUUGAUUUUUGAGGCCUUUCGAAGGUUUAUAUUUAUUCUUAGAAUAAGAUAAGUAUUAUUUGGACACUCUUCACAGGGUCUGUGUUUUUUUUUGGAUGCAGACUGUGAUUUUGCUUGUAAGUGUGAUAGAAAUCAUACUUUAUUGUAUCAUUUAUUCAUACUUUAUAGUAUCAUACUUCAUUGGCCAUCUCAUUCUUGAUUGAUCACUGACCAUGCUUAUGAUGUUCUGUCUAAUAGUCAUGAUACCAUUUUAUAAGCUGGGGUAUACAAUACAUUUAGUUUGUUAUUUAUAUUGCUUUCUGUCAAAAAACAAAGGAAAUCACUUUUCAUCAUUAGUUAAAUCAAUACCACAUGCAGUUGUUCAAAUUCUUUUUUUUAAGUAAUGCUGGCUUAAUGGGAAAUAAUUUGCAGAACAUAGUCUUCAACUCCAAUGCCAUUCUCUCUCUAUCCGAAUACCUGUAAACUGCUAAACUGGUGGACGUCUCACAUAAAGCAACCAUAUAGGAACCAUUUGUACUAUUGGCGCUUAAGUGGUUUGAAGGAGUUGACAUUGGGUAUCAUCUAAAUGCCGAAGCACAUGUUAUGGGAGCAUUGUGACCAGAAAAUCCAAACGGCUCCCAAAUCAAACCACAUUUUGUCUAUGAGCCACGUUACUAGAAUGUUAACAUGAAUGUCAAAUACACACCUGUUUGGGAGUAGUGUUGGGUUGGGCAAGUGCCCCACAACAGAGCAAAGUGUGAAUAGGCUUCAUUUUUCAAAGCUCUGAUGGACAGAGUGCUUUAAUAUUAAAGAUGGUUUCUUUUUGUUUCUUUUUUUAACAUAAUUUUUUUAAUAUCAGGCUGGUUCCAUGUCAACUUUGAGAAAUUUGAGAGUUUUGGAAUCUCAAGUUGAGCUCAUUUGAUCUGUCUUUCACACCACAGAUGCUACUUGUUUGCUUUACUUGUUUCUACACCCUGAGUGGUUCACUUGUAUUCAUUUGUGUUCCUCAUACAAAUAACUCUUAGUUCUGUAAUCAUUUGUUUAUCUUGGGCUGGAAAACUCAACUGUCACCUGGUGAAGGCUGUGUACAGAUGUGCCUCUUGCAUGAGUGGAGUGGAGUGGCCUUACUUUCGAAGGCUGGCUGGCACAGUAACUGGCACAGUGAUGUUACUCGAUGCAAACUAACUGUGUCUACAAUAAACUUAACGUAAUGGGAUGACGCCAAAA